UUGGGUAUUGGUGGUAACUGUACUGCUUAGGAUUUACGAAACGCCGGCGAGGAUGUUGUCUACCGCAAAGGAUUCGCUGAAAAAGUCUCACAAUUUAUAUUUAUACAAUAAGUCAUUGACGCGCAUAACGUCUCUGCGUGCAACGUUUACGCAUCAUGUUGAAAAGAAUCAAUGUCGCGAAUCGUACGCGGGAAAUGUUGACUGUCUGUCAGAUCACAACACGAAACAAGAGGUAACAAUGCAAAGUUCUUCUCAUCACCAGGCAAUAUACAAUCAGCAGGGUUGGUUUACUUCUGCACAAAGGUCUAACAGUGGAGAAAUUGGACAAAACAUAUUUGAUGUAUUGUUAACCAAUCUUCUUAAAGCUAAUAGUAUAGAUAAGCAGGGUAUUUUCUUACACAAGACGAUGGGCCAUCUCCCGGCUGUAAAACUGCAAGCGGUACAUGCCACUUUGGAGGAUAACUCAAAAUUACCUCCUUCUACGCUACAUAUGAACAGAAAAGUUGACCGAUACAAAAAGCAUGAGAUAGCUAAUAUCAAGGUAUCAAAGACAGAGCGAUUUUUCAGAGAAAAUCAUUCAAGGACAAUGUUUUUGUCCAAGGAAUUUACAAAAAGUCCUGUUUUUAACUGCAUCAAUGCGUUACAUACCAGUGCAUCAAACAGAGUUUCAUUUGAUGAUGAAACGAGCAAAAAAAUGCAAAAUCGAAGGUCAUUUGCGAAAGACGGAGAUGAAGAUUUUAAUCAACAGCAUGAGAAUUAUAAUGAUGAUUUCCAUUUUGAAUCAAUGAAUCCGACGACCGAUCCAAAUCAUAAAAUCAGUAAAAAUAAUAUUUGUGAUGACCCCAUCGAUUUUUCGAAGAAAGUUCCAAGAAAAAGGAAACCAAAAAGACAUUCACAAACCUUACAUUCAGAUUGCAAUAAAGAAGAUCAAGAUAAGCACGCGUCACAUCAUAGCAAUAAAGUUACCGUCAGCCUGCAAAAACUCGAAAAGUUGUACCCAAAUCCAAAAAAUUCGAUGGAUAAAAUUUAUUCAACUAUCAGCACAGAAUUCAAAGAUAAAGUGUACAUGGUGAAACCAAAUUAUCAAACUAUAUUCUCAGACAAAGGUAAAGUAACACUCUGGCAAGCUACCUACAAUGUAUUAUGGCCAAGUGAAAUGAGUUUCACGGCUAAAGCUAAAUCAAAAGCAGCUGCUUCUAGCGCAGCAAGUCUUAAGUGCUUACAAUAUUUGUUAUCUAAUGGAAAGGUGAAAAAUGAUUCACCAAUUCUCUACAGCCUUAAUGAACUUAAGGAUAUUUUGGAUCCACCUAUCAGAAUACAAAUUCAGCCAAAGUUAAUUGAGAGUGUAAAUCAAGUUCUAGAUCAAUACAAUGAGGAUAUAGUACAACUUUUGACCAGUUCAGAAACUGAAGCGAAUAAAAUUCACCCAUCAAAAAUUGAAUUGACUGACAGUGACGAAGACAUAAAUGAAGGCGAAGCGAUUUCACCUACAGCAAGCCAUACGAUUGAAGCAUCUGAUUGCUUAUUGGAUCCGCUUAGAGGAACACCAUUAAUUCCACACAGCAAAGAUAUUCUGGAUAGACGAAAUAUGCAAAUGUAUCUGAGACUCAAAGCAAGGGGACCUGACAGUCACCUCAAUUUCCCCAUCAGGGAGUACAGAGAGGACAUCAUAAAUCAAGUUGAAGCACAACGCAUUCUGGUUGUCAAGGGUGAACCAGGCUGUGGAAAAAGUACGCAGGUGCCACAGUUCCUUUUGGACCAUUUUACGGAGCAUGGAAAAGGAACGGCCUGCAAUAUCAUCAUCACACAACCACGUAAAAUAUCAGCAAUUUCAUUAGCCAAGCGUGUGGCUGCUGAGAGGAAAGAAAAUUUGGGAGAAUGUGUCGGUUACCAAGUAAGAUUGCAAAAGGUUGUCCCAAGUGGGCCGAGUGGCGGAAUCCUAUUCUGUUCAAGUGGAGUACUUUUGCGAAGAUUACAGCAAAAUCCUGACUUGCUUGGAUGUUCACAUGUAAUUUUAGAUGAAGCGCAUGAACGGGACUUGAAUACAGACGUAUUGAUUGUAUUCCUGAAUCGAGCUUUGAAAAGAAAUUCGGAAUUGAGACUGAUUAUCAUGUCUGCCACAAUAAACGCUGGCUUAUUUGAGAGGUAUUUUGGCUGCAAUACGAUCAGCGUUCCCGGCUUUAUGUACCCUGUGAAAAUGCAUUUCUUGGAGGAUAUAAUGCGUCUUCCCAUUAGGGGUAUCACCCAUCAAAAUAUGAAUCUAGCAAACCCAUCUGUAAACACUGAAGACCUAGCAAAAUUAAUUGAGUGGAUCUCAAAAAACAAACCCAACGGUGCUAUCUUAUGCUUUCUCCCAGGAUGGUCCGAAAUACGAAAAUUAAAACAACGUUUAGAAGAGACCUUGAAAUCUGAAACUCACCUGAUUCUGCCUAUUCACUCACGGCUUCCUUAUUCUGAUCAGCUGAUGAUUUUUAAUAAACCACCUGAUGGAGUCAGAAAAAUAGUUCUCGCAACGAAUAUAGCUGAAACUAGUAUAACUAUCGAUGAUGUAGUAUAUGUUGUGGAUUCUUGUGCGCACAAGGAAGUCCGGGCUCAUGACACAGGUGGUUGUAUGAUUGACAAUCAAUGGAUAUCAAAAGGAAAUGUAAAUCAGAGGAAAGGAAGAGCUGGUCGUGUACAGCCUGGUGAGAGCUACCAUUUCAUAACUAAGGAUAAAUAUGAAUCGCUCAGCGCGUUCCCGAUACCCGAAAUUAUGCGUGCUGCACUGCAAAGAAUUGUUUUGGAGUGCAAAACGUACACAUUAGAAAAAGCAGCAGAAUUUUUCUCUCAGUUGCCCGAACCACCGAGAACAUCAUCUGUGCAAAAUGCAAUUAAUGAAUUAAUAGAAAUUGGUGCGUUAAAUAAGAACGAGGAUUUGACGGCAUUAGGAAAAAGAAUUGCACUAUUCCCUGCUGAGCCUAGACUGAGCAAAGCUAUGGUUUACGCUGCUAUCUUCGAGUGCCUGAACCCAAUUCUCACAUUGACGGCAUUACUGUCUGUAGACAUUGAAAUAUUCACAGAUAGUUUAUAUGACAAAUCACCUGUGCGGAAAGUCAAGAUUGAUUUUGAUCCUGUGAGCGACCAUCUUGCCAUAGCUUGGCUUUUCGAGCAAUGGAAUAUGCAUGCCGAUCAAGAUGAAGAUGCGGCUUAUCAAUUUUGUCAACAAUCACAGCUUGUAUCUGCCAGGAUGUUUUUCUUGAAAGAUUUGAAAAUUUUGUUCAGUCAGUAUCUUACUCGUUGCCGUAUAAUGGACCCAUACGUCAAUUGGAGAAGCUUAGGUUCAAAUGUAAACACAAAUUCAACAAAUGAUGAGUUUGUACGUGGUGUCCUCUUUGCUGGAUUAGGAAGGGUACUUCAGAAUAGAGGUAGAGGAUUAAAAAACGGCAGAAUCAAGAAGAUUAAAAAUGUUAUGCUCAUGCAAAAUGGGCGGAGAGCAACUUUGAGAUCCGAUAGCGUCAAUUACAACAGAGAAGAAUGGCCAAGUCCUUAUCUCACCUACCAACAGUGUGUUCACAGCAGUGAAAGAAGAACUGCUAUAAUUGGGGAAAGUACUAUUAUUUCACCACUCGCAGUCUUAUUGUUCAGUGAAGGAAACAUUGAAGCACGUAAUUAUCGAGAAACUAAAAUUGAAACCACCGAUGUCUUACUGACAUUCCAAGAUAAGAAGAACGUCCGGCUCAUUUGCGAUAAAGAAACUGCAGACUUGUUACUGAAGCUGAGGAGUGCGUUGCAGAAUGUAGUCCGUCACUUAAUCGAAUACAGAGGCUUGGAUGGUGCUGACAAUAAGAACAAUGCAACAAUUGAAUUGUUCAAAAUCGUACUGAUAAAUUUACUCAAAGAAAUUUUAAACGAAGCAAAUGGACUGGAUGAUCAAUCUGAAGGGUCUAUUCAUCAAGCUUAGAAGAGUGGUAGUACCAAGUUAGUAUGGUUUUUCUCCAGGAAACAUACUUUGUUUUGGUGGGAUACUUAUUUAAACCUGACCGCCCAAGGCAAAAUUAGGCUCUUUGAGUAUACAUACAUUGUAGUUAAUUGGUGAAGUUUUUUUUCAAAGUGUUUCGAUAGGGUUCUAUGCCCUAUGCUAAGUGUUACAGCGCGACCCUAUUAUUAUUAUUAUGAAACCUCUACUUCACCGCGACCGCACAGUGCAAUAUCGUAUUAGUUCGAGUAAAAGUCGAGGUUUUUUGAGGCCAAUAUUGCUGUAAAAAUUCGUACUCAAUUUAUAAAAUGGGAUCGAGGUACAUUGGGGAGAUGUUUGGACAUUUUCUUUAUCGAUUGAAAGAAGUUCAUUUUUAAUUUAAGUAUUCAUAAAUAUGCGUAAAAAAGGCAAUAUUAAAAAUAAAUGUAUCUACUUCUGUGAUUGCAACUUCUCAUAAAAUUCGACUUAUAUUUGGUUCCUAAGAAAAAAUGGGGGUCGACUUAUAUUCAGGAUUGAUUUAUACUCUGGCUAAUACGGCACUUAUUAAUGUGAAUAACCUCGUGAAAAGCUUUAUUGAAGACUAUCAAAUUUAAGAUAGUCCGUCAGCCGGAAGCUAAACGAACGUACAGCUGAUGUAUUUUAUAAUUUAUUCAAGUAUUAUAAUUAUUCCCUAGGACAUAGUGUAUAAAUGUAAAUUUGUAUGGAAUGAAACAAUUCUUAGA